UCUCUGGUCUACACUCCCAGGCAGGAGGUGGCGUUAUUCAUCUCCACUUCUUGGGCCGCUAAAAGCUUCGGGAUGAGGCAGAAGAGGGAGGCAGUCCACUUCAAACCCUCUCCUGGAGCGUUGAAUGGCUUAAACCAGCUGUGAUGUAGCCCGGCCACCUCUCCCCCAACACACAAGACCACCAAGACACUCCACAGCUCUCGAGGGAUGGCGCUCACUGAGGGGACAUCGUGACUUCCCGACUCGGAUGACCGGUUAGUCGGUUAGCAUUAGCAGCCAGCAGCUGUCACUGCGGAAGGCCGGGCGGAGGUUCAACUUUCUCAACCAACACAAAGGCACUAGCCAAUGAUAAUUUGAUAUUUCUCAUAAAUCGGUAAGAAUGGAGUCCUCUUUGGGGAUUGGCGACGAGGAGUGCUUGGCAACUGUCAAAGUUCAGGAGCUGAGGGCUGGCCAGAAGGAGCCCAGACUACUGUCACUAAUUGAGCGCAGGGGAGAGUUUGUAUUGGGUGUUUUGGCCACCCCUGAUGCUGUAGUGUCCCGUCCAGUGGCUCAGCUGUCUAUACCCAUCAAUGGUAAUUUUGAACUUGUGCGAGAGGCUGAAGACGCUCUUCUUAUUAACUUCUCAGUAGGUUCCUGCGUUAAGAUACGAAUCAAAGGAGAAAGGGCUCCAGAGCUGCUGUUGGAAUUCCGGGAUGAUGAUCGGACUCAGACUUUCUUAGCUCAGGUGAAGAGCGCUCAGCAACAAGUUGAAUUGAAACAAACAAAACCCAAAGCGAUGGAGCCUCUUGCACCAACAGCCCUGAGAGGUCCGGUCCCCAUCCCACCGCAAAGAGUCAACAAGACGGCUAGCUCUGUGGGCUCUGGAGUCAACCCACCCAAAUCUACCAAUGCACUGCCUCCCAACCUCAACAAUAGCAGGUCAACAAAUCAGACCAAAGCAGAUCCAGUUCAAUCACUUGCCUCAGACUUUGGCUUUGAGGACAACUUCAAUCACACUCUCAAAGUGGAGGAAAAGAAGAACCACCAGAAUCGAAUGGUUGCUGCAAGGGAGCCUCCUCCGGUUCCCCCUCUACCUCCACGCAAAGCCUCCUACGCUCCAUCCAAUCCUCUGCCUCCUCCACCAAUCCCUAAAGACAGAGCUGUCUCCCUACAUACCAAAGACAACUCCAAACCAGAUAGUUUCAGGUCAGGUUAUGACAGCAUGGACAGGCCAGCGUCUUGGUGCGACAGCCCCACCACCAACAGCAUGAGACAGGCCAUGUUUUCCAGCCAGGCAGGACAAAGAGAAUACCUCAUCAAACACCGCCUGGGUAAGAAAGAGAACGAGUUUGUGGACAUCCAGACCUUCAGGUUUUUCACAGGUACGUGGAACGUGAACGGCCAGGCUCCAGACAGCAGCCUUGAGCCGUGGCUCUGCUGUGACACGGAACCUCCUGAUAUUUAUGCUCUGGGUUUUCAAGAAUUGGACUUGAGCACUGAAGCUUUCUUCUACAUGGACUCAUCAAAGGAACAGCUGUGGGUGGAAGCUAUGGAGAGGAGCUUGCACAAGAAAGCCAAGUACAAGCGGGUCCGAAUCAUACGUCUUGUUGGGAUGAUGCUUGUUGUCUUUGUCAAGAAGACUCACAAGAAUCACAUAAAAGAAGUGGCUGCAGAGCAUGUGGGGACAGGAAUCAUGGGAAAAAUGGGGAACAAGGGAGGUGUGGCAGUGAGGUUUGUUUUCCACAACACUAGUUUCUGCAUCGUCAACUCCCAUCUAGCUGCACACGUGGAAGACUUUGAGCGCCGCAACCAGGACUAUAAAGACAUCUGUGCCCGCAUGACCUUCCACUUACUGGACCACCCCCCUCUCAGUAUCGUCAAGCACGAUGUAGUAAUGUGGCUCGGGGAUCUAAACUAUCGUCUGUUCUUGUACGAUGCCGCUGAGGUCAAAGAGCACAUUUCUAAGAAUGAGCUAAAAAAGCUUCAGGAGGUUGAUCAGUUGAACAUCCAGAGGCAGACAAAGAGAGCCUUCACGGACUUCAUGGAGGGAGAGAUCAACUUCCUCCCCACAUACAAGUACGACCCCAAAACGGAUCGAUGGGACUCAAGUGGGAAGUGCCGUGUCCCGGCUUGGUGUGACAGAAUCCUGUGGAGAGGAAACAAUGUCAAGCAGCUCAAGUAUCGAAGUCACAUGGAGCUGCAAACGAGUGACCACAAGCCCGUCAGCGCUCUCUUCAGUGUUGGCGUUAAAGUGGUAAAUGAGCAGCGCCACAAAAAGGUGUUUGAGGAAAUCGUCCGGGCGAUGGACAGAAUGGAGAAUGAUUUCCUUCCAUCUUUAACUCUGAGCAGGAGAGAGUUUUCAUUUGGUAAUGUGAAAUUCCGGCAGCUUCAGAAGGAGCGCUUCCUAAUAACAAACGACGGGCAGGUCCCCUGUCACUUUGCCUUCAUCCCCAAACUCAAUGACUCGCAGUAUUGUAAGCCUUGGCUCCGUGCCGAGCCAAGCGAUGGAUUCCUAGAGCCAAAUGAGACCUUGGAGAUCUACCUGGAGGUGUAUGUCAGUAAAGACUCUGUCACGCUGCUGAACUCCGGAGAGGACGCCAUAGAGGACAUUCUGGUGCUCCAUCUGGACCGUGGCAAGGACUACUUCAUUACCAUCUCUGGCAACUACCUGCCCAGCUGCUUUGGCACCUCGCUGGAGACUCUGUGCCGGAUGAAGAAGCCCAUCAGAGAGAUCCCCAUCACCAAACUAAUUGACCUGGAAAAGUCAAAGGUGAGUUUCCUGAUGGUGGAUGGUGCAAGUACCGAGGACAAACCUCUAAAGAUCCCCAAAGAGGUCUGGAUUCUUGUCAACCACCUCUUCACCAAGUCAUGUGAUCAGGAGGACUUGUUCCAGACACCAGGACUACAAGAGGAGCUGCAGAGCAUCAUCGACUGUCUGGACACCAGCAUCCCAGACUCCAUCUCUGGCUGUAACCACUCUGUAGCUGAGGCUCUGUUGAUCUUCUUGGAGGCCUUGCCAGAGCCAGUGUUGUGUUAUGAGCUCUACCAACGGUGCCUAGACUGCUCUCAUGACAGCCGCCUCUGCAAACAGUUGAUCUCCCAGUUGCCUCGAGCUCACCGCAACGUGUUUCGCUACUUAAUGGCUUUUCUGAAGGAGCUUCUGAAGCACUCCCACAACAACAACCUAACGGCCAGCCUCAUAGCUACACUCUUUGCCAGCCUCCUCAUCCGUCCUCCUCCCAACCUGAUGGGCAGGCAGACCCCACACGAACGGCAGAAAGCCAUCGACUUCAUCCUGGGCUUCCUAAUGGCAGGAGACGAGGAGUAACCGAGGUCGAUGGUACCUCACAACGUCGGGUUCGGAGUUCAUUUCCCAACCUGGCUCACUGUUGGACCCGUUGGACAUUGUGUAACAUGAUUUACAUGUUUUUUGUUUUUUUCUGUCAUCCAUUGGAGACCAGUGCAGCGGUUUUGCACCCGACCUUUUCACAAACUCUCGUGAUAGAGGAACUCUAGACUUCCAUUAGAGCUGUGGUGAUUUUACCAAGUGUCCUAUCUUCAGUUCGUUCUCAGAAUGACCACUCGCUGGAUUUGGAAGCACUUGGGAUAGGUUUGAACAGAUGCCUGUGCACUUUCUGAUGACCUUAAGGCCCAGUGUCUCCAGACUAGAGUUGUCCUCGUCCUCAGCUGACACUUCUCAGUGUAGGCGAUCAUGCCAAAACAACCCCUGAACAGUGAGUGGUAAGAAUGUGAAAACACUAUGUAUCCGUAGAUGCUAAGCGAAGGACUCCAUUACACUAAAGAAAAGUUGAUUCAUCGAAGUUUUAAGACAUAGACUGAAUAAUAGUAUAAAGCAUAAAGCUAAUAGUUUGAAAUGGGAUGAAUGUGGUAAUGUAUCACUAAGAAUGUUUAAGCUUUAGAUAAAUCAUGACAAUCAUCCGUUUUAACCGAGGGGACAAUAUUAUAGAUAUCUUCUAGAACUAUUUGUUACCAUACUCACUGUAUUUUAACUGUUAUUUAUAUAUUUUUCUUCUAAGUUUGCAACAUCUGAACAUUUUCUGUCUUCUACUACAAUAUGGUUUCUUUUAAGCUGGUUUUAAGAUAUUCGUCACUUGUUUUUAUCAUCCUGUAUCAAUCUGUGUCAUGAAUGUUUGCUGUUCUUGUGUAACUCCAGCCGUGAGCCUUACAUCUCGUUUUGCCAGUUCCUCUUGAGUUACGAAACAAGUCUGUUAACACACUAACUUCCUGGUCAACCGGAGUCGAUCGAGGAGUCGCGCUCCGUGGUUCUUGAUGUCUUAAAUGGUGUAAAUAGUGAUUGUUUCCCUGUUUCAUGGGUAUUUUUGACUGUCGGUAUGGUGACGCAAAUCUGUGAUGGUGUCUACAGUUUGUCAUGUUCGUCAUGAAGGUGGUACUCUUGUCAGUGUUUGUUUACAUGUCUUUUUCCUCACUUCUGCCACAACUUAAGGCUCAUUUCUCAUGGUUUUAGGCUGUUGUGAUGUCGAGACACAGCCAUUAUGUUCCUAAUGGUAAAUCCAGAGUUCUACUCUUGUUUUAACUGCUGCAGCACUUUCUGUGUGCGCACAAUGUAAAGGAUCAUUACUCUGCAGGAUACAGUCCUUGUGCACCUUUUUUCAUUUGUGCCUCUGAGGACGUUCUGUAGUCACUGUUGCAAAACAUGUCAUUGUUAUUGAAAUAAGGAACUUCUAUGUUGUGUAUAGUGGACUGUCAUUUCCUCUUUUACAGUUUAAGAGAUUUCAGCAUUAGUUCUCCCAGUUUACAAAAAUAUAUUCAAAUUCAUGAUAUUAAUAUGCCUUUGAGCCUUGAGGUUUUUUCUCUCAGAUGUUCUAUUAGCUUCUGAGGAUUUAAUGUUUGGAGUGUAUGUGAGAACAUGAUGUAAUGUGACAACACUGACAAUCAUGGCACUUAUAGAAAUUCCUGUUGGGCGGAAGUUGCUCCAUUCUUGUAUAGUUUUUUUCUGCCUGAUUGCCAUCAAUACACUAAAUUCUUAUUGUCUUUAUCAAACCGAUCUUUGACAAAAGGUGGCUUGUUCCUGAAUGAAUAGUUCCGGUGAUUCAGAUUUAAGAGAGCCGUUUUUUCGAAUAGUCAUUUAUUUUUUUAUUUUGCCUUUAUACUAUCCUCAUUGUGUUGAACCCAGAAUCAAUAUAAUCAAUAACCUCUAAUUUCAAGUGUCUUAUCCCACUGUACCAACUGAUGUGUUUGUGUGGAUCCAUAUGCUUCUUUGUCUUCAGUUUUGUCACAAUCUGUUCAUGAAAUUAAGGUACAUUCAAAGGUACAUGGGGGAAACACUCGCACCAUGUUUACCUCUUUUCAGUUUUUUGGUGCUUUUAAUUUAUUUAACAGAAAUAAAACUGUCUAAAGCCG